CUCGCCCCUCCUUCUUUACUCCACAGUCGGCAGUGUGCUUCGUGGACCUUCACCUCGGACUCCAACUCCAACUCAAUUUUGCGCCUUUUUUCUUCCCCGUGUGUGUGUGCUCUUUCUACAAUGUAAAGAAGAUGUCCGGGUCUAGCUCUGAUUGGGUGGAGAUCCUGGAGCCACGCUCCCGUCAGCGUAUGUUCGUGAACUUGACCACUGGCGAAUGCGGCUGGGAUCCUCCUCUGGGCGCUCCUGUCCGCCAGGCAGACGGUAACCAGUGGUGGGAGCUGUUUGACCCUCAAAGUGGCCGCUUCUAUUACUACAACUCCACCGGGCGCCGCACAGUCUGGCAUCAGCCGCAGGGAGCUGAUAUAGUUCCCCUUUCCCAGCUUCAGGCCAUGAAGCGUUGCAGCGAGGGCAAGCGGGCGGUUGUGGGUGUAGACCGGCACCACCAUGGGACCACAGGGAGUGUCGGCAGCGUAGGGAGCCAAGGACAGUGCACAUCUCUGCCCGACCAAGAUAGUCAUGAGACCAUUGAGGUGGCAUCAAACCCAAAGCCAGACCCAGCACUGGAUGUCAGAUCACAGGCAGAUGGAUGCAGCAAUGAACACCAAGAACCACAGAGGGAUGCCCAUCAAAGAUGGCAGCCUGUACCGGGUUCUAAGGCAGCCAUGUUGGUAAAGGUGAACAGCAUGAGUCGGAGUCAGCCAAGUCCAGUUUUGCAGCAGCAAUUCCAGCACAAUGCACCAAACAAAGCCAACAACUUCACGCCCAAUGCAUCCAGCAAUAAGACCCAAGGAGGAUGCUCAAGCGCCACCCAAGCAUAUAAAACCGUCCCCUCCGGCAAAGCAGCACCUGACCCUCGCCAGGCCCAUCACAUGAGAAAAGCCAGUAAUGGCAGCUUCUGUUUAGCGACAACAGACAGUAACCAUCCUAGUCCGCUCCUGAACAGGUCACAGACCAGCACACCACGCCCAAUCUCCCCUCAAUAUGGUUGCAGUGCCCCAAUCUAUGACCAGCCAGUUACAGACUGUCCCAUAUAUGAUGAACCCCCAAUAGACAUGGAGGUGGAAGGGGCACAUCUUUACAAUGGGCAACAACUGUCUCGCCUGACACCCACCCAUAGCCUCCAGAAACCAAGAAUUCUUCAGCACCCUGGUCCACCUCACCCAGGUCCUAGACACAGAAGAAAUCCUUCUGCUUCUGAUUAUAGCCCAGCUGGCCUUGAGUGCAUCAAACAUAUGAUCAAUGUAGACCCCAAACAGGGGCUCCUUCCUGGCUCCCCUGUACCCUCACAUACACCUUCUCCUAACUCCAGGCAAGACAUUGUCCCAACACAGCCGCAGGCUCAGCCACAUCCCCAAACACAAGCUCACUCUUUGCCCCAAGUUCGAGGUCAGUUGAGAGACAGAGAAGCAGUGACCCCAGGCCCAAGUACACUGGAUAAGAAGCAGAGUUGGCGCGUACUGGAGGCUACAGUGCAGCGUGCCAUGGAGGCCCGACACAGUAGGCAGAGCAGUCAAGCUUCACAGGACUUUACUUCCUCAACACCACAGGCAACUGCAAACUAUCAAGAUUCCGGUUACUCAACCGGGCCUUCUCCAAGCUUGAGAAGGAAGAGCAGGAGAAGAAUGGGCGCUGGCGGCAGGCCUGGGUCAGUUGGCAGCAAUGGGGAGCUUUGUGCCCUCAAUGAGAGACUCAUGGCUGAGAUGAGGGAAGUAGUGAGUCGUUCCAACACUAUGAGGGAGGUGAGAGUGGGACUGGAUCCCGAAAUGGGCGAGAGGGCGAUGUUAUCCCGGACACGUUCCCCUGCAGACUCUCUCAGGUGGUAUGCUGGGGCGGGGGGUGCAUCAACCGUCAGGUGCUCAUCCCGAGAAGACAUCACUGGGGCUUCUUGCUCUCUGAGUAACGCUGCGCUGACGCCUCUUGAGAUACCAGGGCGGCAGAAAAGGACAUUUGAAAAAGUUGACACCUUGGAGAUGAGUAUUACUAGCCAGGCCAGCCUGUCUUCACCUGAAACUCCAGGACCACCCUCUCAGGUGGGCACACUUGAAUUGCAGGCUCAGUUGGAGAACCGAAAGAAAGACAUGGUAGAUGGACGUAGUGCAUCACUUGGUCCACAUCGGCCUGCCAGCCAUGACAACCGAGAGGGCUCUGAUGGAACAAAAUCAGCAGAACCUUCCUACCAGUUCCCCUACGCCACCCUGCGACAACCACCACCUCCAGUCAUGGGCAUGGAGGACUGGGCCAGCAAGCACCUCAACAUGCACACACAAGGCUUGUUCCGGCGCCGGGUCUCCAUCGCCAACAUGUUGUCUUGGAACCGAGGUUCCAUCAAAAAGCCUAUGCUCGUCACCACUAACCGCACUGUCAGGAAGGAGGCUUGCGAAAUGUUCAAGCUGGUGCAGGCCUACAUGGGAGACAGACCCUCUCGUCUGAACCGCCGUCACUCUGCGCUACUCAUUGUCACCAAGUGCUGGGACAUGGCGGGCCUGCGGGACGAGCUGUAUGUGCAGCUAGUGAGGCAGACGACGGGAAACGCCAACCCCACAAGCUUAGCGGCAGGUUGGGAGCUGAUGGCUGUCAGCUUGGCCUUCUUUGCCCCAUCGCCCAAGUUCCGCUGUUACCUAGAAGGCUACAUCCAGAGACACACGGAGCCCACCAGCGACAAGAAAUGUGAGUCUCAGACUGAGCAAAACGUGACUCAGUUCGUAUUGGAACAACAGGAACUGAAAUUGAAGAAGAACUCGAAAUCCAGGAAAAAGCUGAAACAAAGCACAGAUGAAGACGAAGGCUUACCGAUCAGCACGUAUGCCAAGUUCUGCCAUCGAAAACUGCAAAAGGUGGCCAUCACAGGAGGCAAAAAGGGGCUACGUAAGCCAACCUUGGAAGAGGUCGACCACAGUAGACGAGCCAUCAUCACGCCCUCUCUGUUUGGUAGCUCCUUGGAAGAAGUAAUGGAGAGGCAGAGCGAACUCUUCCCAGACAGGAAAUUGCCCUGGGUGCAAGUUCAACUUUCCCAGUAUGUUCUUGCGCUGGGCGGGGCUCAGACGGAGGGCAUCUUUAGAGUACCCGGCGACAUCGAUGAAGUCAACGCUUUGAAGCUACAAGUUGACCAGUGGAGGAUCCCUGAGAACCUGUCAGAUCCAAAUGUUCCUGCCUCUCUGAUGAAGCUGUGGUACCGAGAGCUGGAGGAGCCUCUCAUCCCCACAAACUUCUAUAAACAAUGUGUCAACAAUUGCGAUGACCCAGUGGCAGCCAUUGCAGUGGUGCAGUCUUUGCCGGAGCUGAACCGGCUGGUGCUCUGCUACUUCAUCCACUUCUUACAGGUGUUUGCUCAACCUUCUAACGUGGCUAUAACCAAAAUGGACGUGAACAAUCUGGCGAUGGUGAUGGCCCCAAACUGUCUCCGGUGCCAGUCGGACGACCCGCGGAUUAUCUUUGAGAAUACACGCAAAGAGAUGUCCUUCCUGAGAAUGCUCAUAGUUCACCUGGACACCACUUUCGUCGAAGGAGUGGUGUAGACUCACACAAUCAUGCAGACUCAGUGUCGCUAUGUAAACACUGGAAACUCUUCUUGACGGGACAACUGGCUUGGAGAGUAAAAGGAAAAGAAAUCACCUAAAAUAUACAAUAUAUAUAUUUCUUACCUUGAGUAGGCAGGUCAUACUAAGCUCAACAAUGUGAGAGUCAUACAGCGUAUAGAAGUAUUAUGAGGAGAAAAACAUCUAUACAGAUGUAUUAGUAAUAAUAUGCAUUUGUUGCUCCGAAGUAGUUCAUCUGAUCACUGGUCUUUUAUUGUGCAAGAUUUUGAGCAGAGUGUGUGUACAUUUCAGAGCGCAUACAGGGAAAAUACAAGGAAAGCUAUUUAUAUUGUGGAUUUUCUUAUUAAAACCCCUUUUAUAAGAGCUUUGAUUUUGUUGGACAGAUGUGUGUAUUGACAGCAUUAUGUCUUUGUGACGUGGGAGCUUACAAUUAUUCGAGUUGGAUUUGUGUGCUAUAUUCUUUGUGGUCUGUAUGUUUUGUGGCUCAGGUCUUUUGGAAAAAAAAAUGGUGCGGGAAGUGAUAACUGUAUUAAAAAAAAAAAUACUUGUCAUCUGAGAAUGUAGAUGAAGCUUAGCGAGUCCUCUCUGAUUUGUUUUCAUGUAAAUACAGAGUGUAAAUAGUAUUAACACUACUACAGGUGUAUUCAAAUGAAGGAUAAAAGGGGGGAAAUGACUUCAAUAAGCAAUUGCUUUGGUCAUUUAGUUGUUUUUGUUCUGCUGUAAACACCUGCCUUUUGAACAUAGGACUGACUCGAACCACUCACCGUGUGUGUACCUUGUAUAAAUGGAGCAAUUGUCAAUAAAUAAAGCUUUGUUCAAUUCUA